AACCCUCUACCAAAAUCUUGCAUAAUAGUCCGUAGAAAUUUUAAGGCUCAACGCGCACGAAUUACAAGUAAAAAAAGAAAAUCGUGGUCAGCAUAUGAAAAAUUAAUGAUAAUCGCUUACUAUAAAACAAGACAUAGUAAACGCUUAACUGCUGAAGAAUUUAAAAUUCAAACAAGCCAACUUCGAGACUGGAUAAGUAAAAAAUCAAAACUCUUGAAAGCUGCACUAUACAUUCAGAAGUUGUCAAUUGGAGCUAGACCAAAAUAA